UACAAGUUUUAGUACACAGCUGUGGCACACAUUUAAAUACUCUCAUGUACCUCUGCGCUAACUGGAAAAAACGAGCGUAAACAUAGACACGAAAUAACCGACGAGGCUCCAUCAAGAAAUCCCGUUUUUUUUCCUCUGCGUUUUUCCAACAUUGAUUUGUUUUUGCAUUUUUCUUCUCUGUUGGAUAUCGAGAUUUUACAAUGUCAAACGUCCAGCUAUCUAGUAGCACUCAGGAGCGGCUGGCCGCGCGAAGAACCUUUCCCCUUCACGCCCGCACCGGCGCCUGCAGGAACCUUUUCGGUCCGGUGGAUCACGAAGAGCUAAACCGGGAGAUGAAAUCGCAGCUGCGGGAAAUCUCCGAACGGGACCAGCGCCGGUGGAACUUUAACUUCGAGGCAGAUUCACCACUGUCUGGAGAUUACGAGUGGGAGGAAACGCCUGUGGAUUCGACACCCGUCUUUUACCAGGACUCCGUGCAGACAGGGAGAAGGAGGGUUACCAUGUCUAUGCCGGUGAAUGUGAAGCCGUGUUCGGACAUGACUUCGACGGACUGCAGUACCCAGGAUGUGCAAACACCUCGCCCCGCCGAGGAACGCUUAUCCAGUCCCGAAGCUACCCUGCCCCGCUCCGGUGAGGUGAAUCAGGAGAACUGCUCGGUCAAACUCAACUCAGGAAAGCAAAGCCGCAAAACCACCGUGUGCGCGCGACGGAAAAGGACAUCUACUACUAGUCUGACGACAACCACCACAACACACAUUACAGAUUUUUACAUGAAAAGGAAAAGAGUGCCCGAAGGGAAGCAAAGCGAGAACUCCACCCAGAAUUCUACACCCGCGAUUCCAGUAGAACAGACUCCACGGAAACGAAUACGCUAAAAAGACUUUUUGCACUGCGAGAUUGUGAAGAUUUCUUCCGCUAGCAGCCAGGAGGCGGGGAGGACUCGGAGAGCACAGCACGUACGGUCGUCCAUUGCUCGGCGCUCCACUGCGGAGCGUGUGCCAGCUCUCAGGACUGCGGUGGAAAGAGGACUCACCGAAGGACUUAAUUCAGUCAAAUGUAGCAAACUUGUGGCUUUGUAUGCAGCCACUCGACAGUGUUAAAAUACAUUAACAACUGUGCAAUCUUAAGUAACUUUAAAAUGUCUACACUGGCCAAAAGUGUACAGCUUUAAAAAAAAAAAAAAGACUAUUGAGUUAUAUAUUAUUUCUGUUGAAAAAUAUGUAUCUUGAGUUGUGUAAAUAUAUAUUUUUUAAAGAAUAUUCUAACUUAUAAUUUUUUAUUUAUGUUUCAUCAUAUUUGCAAAUGCCUGUCGCAGCCAAAGGGCGACAUUUUUUUUUUUCAAAGUUUUAUAUUGUGAUGUUUUGCAAUCAGUAGCUUUCAAUAGGGUCCAUUGUGUUUCUGAGCCGUUUCAUAUAUCACUGCCCUCUACCUUUGUUCCACGAAAACAAAAUAAAACGUUAUUUUGCUCUUCUAA